CUACCUAUCCAUCACCUCAAUGCAAAGAGUGUUGGAGUUUCUCAGUAGGAAUUAUCCAAAGCCACGCGUAGAUCCGGAGUGGCUUCAAGCGUGUUAUGACUGGGUUCUUACAGAAAAGAGUUUGAAUCCCGCUACGGAAAUGGAUAAAAUACUGGAAGAAAUAGAACAACAACUCUUAUCAUCUGAUCUUCGUGACUCGAUGUUACAUGGAACUGGCAUACCCGCACACAUCGCUCAUAAUGACAUCGCCCAUUCAAGGCUAACAGGCCCGAUCCUGGUCCAAAUUGAAGCCAUCACUGAUAUCGGUGUCAGUGCGUAUAAUCUCAACAAGACCAGGCAGCUUCGGGAAGAACGUUUCGCCGCUGGCGAGAGAGAAGAGGGUGAAGGAGACGAUGAAAUUGAAGAGGAGGGUCCGAUUCCCGACUACACCAGAUCCAUGCUACGAUUUGAGAUUGGCGACGGUUCUACUACCAUGCGUGCCAUGGAGUAUCGGAAGAUACCCGAACUCAAACUUGGUCAGACGCCACUCGGAUACAAAUUGCUGGUACAUAACGUAGAGGUUCGACGAGGUAUCGUGUUCUUGGAACCAAACCAGAUUACGCUGAAAGGUUAUGAGGUGUCUGACCUUGAGGCGGACAGAGAAUUCCGCUUUGCCAACAAUCUAAGAAUCCGACUUGGUCUUCCCCCACAGGCAUCUCAAGAGAACGAUCCUGCUCUUCCUGAACCUAACAAUGCUCGAUCUCCUUUGCGAGACAUCUCCCCUCCUCCGUCACCAGUCAUUCCUGUCAAUCAGAAUUCUCACCUUGACGAUGAAGACCAACCUCGACGGCGCCGCGUACCAACUCCCUCUGCUGUUCAGAAUAUUCCGUCCUCGUCAUCGAUAAUUGUCCAUCGCACUAACCAGACAAAUCGAUCCUCUGUAUCCGAAAACAGGUGUUCUCCUGCGACGCGAGGUCCUAUCAGCAUUGAAAGUGAUGAAGAAGACUACUAUGAUACUUGGACGUCCAAUACCAGGGAUCGACCGUUAAAGCCCUUACCGGCACGAACUAGGCUCAGUAGCGGUUCUACUGGCCCCGGUGUGCCAGUGACACAGAACGUUAAGGGUAAAGAAAAGCAGAGAGAAGAAACAAACUCCUCGCAAACGAAGGUUGUUGUGAUUGAAGAUGAUGACGAGGAUAUGUUCGAUGACGGUCACUACGACUCAGAUUUCCUCGCCGGGAUCAAUGAGGCAGAAAUGAACGCUAUGGAAGGCCAGUUCCAAAACAUGGGUACCCAUUCCAAAACUAUGGGACCUCGACCGGUUUCGAAUUCCCCUCAACCUGAUUUCUCUGCAUCAUUCGCUGGCUCAGAUUCACGAUCCCAGAAGCCAAGCACUGUGCCAGGGAAUACAUUUUACGAGUCUAUCACUAUUGAUGACGACGAAGAGGACGACAAAGAGAAUGUUCCGACAUUGACAAGGAAUGUGCGACGUCGCACGAGCAGUCGCCCUGUCGUUCCUCCCGAGGAUGUCAUUGAUAUCUCGGAUUAGAGCAUUGCAGACGGUUUAUUGACAACAUUUCGAAUUCUGACCGUCACAAAAAUCCGCACAUACACAUAUAUAUACCCAAACUAAUAAGUUACCUUGAUCCUCCGAUGAAACCAUUACAUUCAAUCAUGAAUGAAAGUUGUUCAAGCGUACGAGUCACUCCUUGCUUUCAAGCGCCUUUAAAGCUUUCUCGCCUUUCAACCUUUCCUGUAUAUCUUUCCCCCACCACACUAUUUCCGCCACCAAACAGAACCGAA